GCGCUUCCUGUUGCAGAGACAGCAGGAGAGCACAGGAUGGGCUGCUUGGCACCAGGAGGGCAGCUGGGGCGUGCUCCUGCCCGCUAGCACCCGGCUCGGCACGGCACCCAGGGCAGGACAGGAGCCUGGCACAGGGCAGGGGACGAGGCCAGCAUGCCCAGGAGGGCACGGCCGCGCCCGGGCGAGAGCUACGAGGAGCGGAGCGAGCGGCGGCAGGAGGCGCGGCCGCGGGGCAGGGAUGGCACCUGCAGCCACCCUGCCCGCCGGCCCGCCCCGCGGCCUGCCACCAGCCCCCGGCAGGCAGAGUUCCUCAGGAGGAGGAACCUGGUGGCUGAGGCCGGGGAGACCCUGCAGGGACACGAGCCCGAGGCACCGACCCCUCUGGAACCUUCCCCAUGCGUGGAGCGCGGAGCCAGCAGCCUGCUCCAGCACCCCAGGAGCUGCCCCACGCUGCCCCCUGCUCAGUCCCAGCUGAGCCCCAGCAGCCCCCAGGCACGAGGGGACUCUGUCACCACCCAAGGAACUCAGACCCUCCCCAGCCCCAGCUCAGGAGUGACAGACUCGAGCCAGCAGACAGACUGGGGAAUAGCAGUUUUAAAUAAGGAAAUGGUGCAGCUCUCCAACUACCUGAAGGAGGCCCUGCACCGCGAGCUGCUGCUCAAGCAGAAGAUGGUGAUUUUACAGGAGCUGCUCUCCACUCUGCUCCAGGCUUCAGAGAAAUCCUGGCAGGGCCAGCUGAACGAGGACAAACUGAGGUGCAAACUACGGGUGCUGGAAAAUCAGCUGCAGGCCUGCACCCAGAGUUACUCAAAGGAGUGUGUGCAGAAGAUCCUGAUAGAGAUGGAGGACCAGAAGCAGACCUAUGAGCAGAAGGCAAAAGAGGCUCUUCAGAAGAUGCUGGAGGACAAACUCCUAACAGAGCAGCAGCUGCAGAACUCCCAGAGAAGCCUGGCAGAGAUGCGAGAGAGCCUGGCCCUCUGGAAGGAGCACAACGCCACACUCAAAGCCGAGCUGACCAAGGAGACCACAGCACACACCGAGCUCAGGAACAGCUUCCAGGCUUUGCAGAGCGAGCUCCAGCGAGCGGACGCGCAGAGCCAGCGGCUGGGCCGGGAGCUGCGGGCGCUGCGGGACGAGCGCGCGGAGCUGCUGCAGAGAGCCAGCGCCCUGCGCAGCGACAACGACCGCCAGGCCGGCCACAUCCGCCACAUGCAAGAUAAAUUGCAAAAAGAACAAGAGCAGAAAGUAACACUGGAGGCAACAAUCAGCCACUUGCAGAACUUGAUCCAGAACCAGAACAACCAACAGAAGAGCCAGCAGGUGGAGGUGCAAAGGACAGACCAGGUUUUCACCACACAGACCCCACCUCUCACUCCUGCCAAGGAAAAACAAAAAGCUCUGUCAGAGCACCCCGAGGAGGAGGAGGAGGAGGAGGAGGAGGAGGAGGAGGAGGAGGAGGAGGAGGAGGAGGAGGAGGAGGAGGAGGAGGAGGGAACAGAAAGCCUGCAGGAUGAGAUGCAGAAAAGGACAUCCCAGCUCACAGCAAAGGAGAACGAGGCACCCCAGGACUCUCGGGCAGAGCCGGGCCGUGCCCGGCUGCGGGUGAAGCGCUGCACCCACUGCAGCAGCCCAGUUGCUCGGGGGGCACGCAGAGCCCAGGGGACCCCUCCUGCUGAGAGCCCCUCGCUGUGCUUGCAGUGCUCGGAGCUGCGCGCGGAGCUGGAGGCGCUGAGCCAGGAGUACCAGUCCUGCCUGACCCGGCUGCGCCAGUGCCGCGACGAGCUCAACCGCUCCCACAGCAGCCAGGCACAGAGACGGCGCGGUCCCUGGAUCCCUCUCCUGGUGGCAGUGGCAGCGGUGGCCAUCGCUGCCUUCCUGGCGACUUACAGGCUGUGAAGGAGCUCCUGGAUGACUGACUUCACUGCAGGAACUGACCUCUGCCUCACCAGGAGCAGCCUGGCCUCACCUCACCUUCUGCUGUUUUGUACAUGCACAUUGGGUUUGUGUCCCGAGCUCUCUCACUCCAGCCAGCUCCUGUGACCAUGGGGACAUCACCCCUUCCCUCGGCUGCUGGGGUUACUCUGUCCCGAGCUGGUUACUCCAUCCCGAGCUGUUUCACUCCAGCCAGCUCCUGUGACCAUGGGGACAGGACAUCACCCCUUCCCUCGGCUGCUGGGGUUACUCUGUUCCUGCCCCGAGGCACCGAGGGACAAAGCCCCUGUGCCUGCUGCUGCUGUGGCUCGCACAGAGCAAGAGGGACAGGGCAUCCUGUGCCCCUGGCAUCCAGCCUGUCUGGGGUUUAUGCCCCCAAGUUCUCCUCCUGUAUUUUUGCCUCCCUAAACGGGAGGUUCUCGAUCCUGGGCUCUCUACUCUUACCUGACAAAGGAACCAGCUCGGGGGUGCUCCUCAGCACUGUCCCCUCGUGUGUCCUGAGUGAUUCUCCCACCCCACACCCUCUGCUCUAUCCCACUCCAGCCUCUCCCGUGGCCCAGCAUCCCCACAGCCACACCCGCUUCCCCUUCACUGCCAGCACCACAAGAAUUCACCAGAGACAGGGGUUUAAAGUCCCUUUUGCAGCUGCACCGUGCAGGUUUUACAGCAGCA